GUUACCAGAACUUGUCACUUUCUCCCCACCCUGCCAUGGUGUCUCAAUUUUUCGCAUGUCUGUGGGCAGCGGGCCUCUCAUCGCCAAGCUACCACAUGAUAUGGUUGCUCUCGUGUCCUGGUUCUUUUAUUCCAAGAGGGACGCACACUAACUCAACGCAGUCGCCUGGCGCCUCCCGUAUGGGGAAUCGGGCAUCCUCAACUUCUUCCUCGAGAUGCUCGCGGCUGAGGGCGUGAGCCAUGGCGUCAAAGUCCAUACUCUGCGCAUUGUUGGCAACUCGUGCGCAGACACAGAUGAGAACCGUGCUCGUGUAGUCGACGGCAACCAUCUCGCCUCCAUCAUGCGCCAACUCCAGGACGAGGAUCUCGUCCCCUACGCCAUCCCCGUGUUGUUCAACAUCCUCGUCGACUACGAACCUGCUCAGAAACUUGCCUCGCAGUCUGGCCUCAACACCCAGCUCAUCUCUCUCCUCGGCUCCCCGAACCUCCCGCGCUACGCCCCGCUCCUCACCUACUUCUGCAAGAUCCUCGCCCUCCUCAUCGCCCAAGAUGGCGAGGCCGCCGUGGCCAGCCCGCUCACCGUCCAGGUCCUCCUGACGCUAGCCACAAAUGCACCGGCAAAGGACGACGUGGACGACUUCAUGGCCCUCGUUUCCACAGCCGCAAGCUACCUCGCCAAUGAGUCGUUCCAGGCUAGCUUCCUCACAAGCCAGCAGAUGGACGUGUUUAUGACGGCGUUCUAUCAUGCGCACACGGCCUUUAGCCCUGAGGAGAUGGACGAUCCGGAGACGGCAGGACUGUUGAAGCGAAUGUGCACAGCUCUGCUCACCACGCUCGCCGAUCUCUCUGGCAACGACUCGUUUGCCACUUACUACCCCCUCGACAGCUCAGUGCCACAAUCACUCCUGGCCUGGCUGCAAGGAGCAAACCCUCGGCUACAGUCCGCCGCCUGUCUCGCGCUCGGAAACCUCGCCCGCUCCGAUGAGGUCUGCCUGGCUCUCGUUCAGACUCACCAAGCCCACCGUCCUCUCAUCGACCUCCUUUCCAACCCCGCCAUCACCGACACCCAGCGGCUGCAUUCUAUGCUCUCGUUCCUGAAGAACCUCGCCAUCCCGGCCUUGAACAAGCCGCUGCUCGGCGAGUUGCUGGAGGUCACACGAGUCCCGCGGAUCCUCACCCUAGACACUCUUCCGCAGGUCCCGUUCGCCGCCGUGUCGCUCACUCGCCUGCUCCUCGUCAACUGCCCGCCAAACGUCCGCCUCAUCUGCGCGCCCCGAAAGGCCGACCCGUCAGAGCAGUCGAACGAGCACACGAGCGUCCACGACAUCCUCUCCCUGCUUAGUCGUUCCGAUGCCGAGCCCACGAAACUGGAGGCAGCGCGCUGCAUCGCUUCAGUGUGUCGAGUUUUGCACACAACCCCUGUACUCCCAUUGUUGCCAGAGUGGGAUCCCUCGCAAGAUGGAUACGUCUUCGAACCAAAGGAGCCCCUGCCGGCUGGGGUAGAGAGCAGCUCCAGCGAUGAGAAAGAGAGCCAGAUGAGAAGCCUGUUCUACCAGAAACACGACCUGUCCAAGGCGCUCUCGUUUCUCGUCACCCAGCAGAAGUGGCCCAUCCUACGGUCCGAGGCUUGGUUUGUGUUCGCCCUCAUGUCCCGCACCAAAGAUGGCGCCAGCGUCGUCGCCAACACGUUGAUUGUCGCGGGGGCCACUGAAGCCCUCGCUCACGCUGUUACCGGCCAAGCUUUAGCCGCCAACAGCGAUGAGCAAACCAAGCAGAUCGAAAAUGUCGCAUCCGUGGCUGGGUCUGAUACCGCAGCCAUUACGGAGGGCCUUGGGCUAGAGCCCCAGCAGGUUGAUCCCAAGCAGCAGGCAAAUAUGGCCAGGGUGGAUCGAGAGAAUUGCUUGGUGCUGUGUACGGAGAUUGUCAAAAACUCGGGCAGUGUGUUGACAUCGGCUCAACUUGGUCUUUUGAAGGAUUUGAUUAGACGUGGGACAGAGAUGAUCAGCCGAGAGAAAGCCCAGGGCAGUUGAACUAGCAAAUGCGGAUGAUGCUAAGACACGAUUAGAAUCUAGCAUUGUACCCGACAGCAAAAGCAAGAGUGGAACAGGUAAUAGACGAGCAUCAAUGAAAUUCUACUUUUACGCAACCCCAAUCAUGUCAACCAUCGUAGAUGCACACCAUGUUCAAGGAAUGCCUCCAUUGACCAAACGAUUACAGCGCAAAGCCGGUGAUCAUGCAAUAAAUUCUUUGAGCUGGACC